UGUUUUUUGUCUUUUAGUGGCAAGAUGGAACCUUUUCAGUGUGCAAACUGGAGAGAGGACCAUGAUGUCACCAGGUGUCUCGGGCCUGGCACUAAGGCUUGUACCGGCUGCUAUCUAGUGAUGGGGCAAAAGUACUGCAGCAAGGGUUGUCAGGCUGCUCAUUGGCCGGUCCACAAGCUCGACUGUAAGAAUCCCAUCCGAAAAGCCGCCUGGCGUCCAGCAUGGGAAGUCGAACACCGCGUGCCACACUUCAUCGAUACCUCGGAUGGAGAGCACGCCCCUGUUGCGAUGCAUGGGGGAAGCAAAUAUCUAUGGGGAAAUGUCCCAGCCUUGGACUUACUGCAACUGAAGGAUAACGAAGGCAAGGGCUAUUCGAAGGAUCUCUGUCUUCUUCUGGCAGCUUCGGGAGACUUGAGAAAUCUAGUCAAGACCAUUGUAUCUCUCCCGGAUACUUACCACGGACGCAUCCAUGUUGAUAUCAACGACCGCGAUGAGACGGUUGUAGCGCGAAACUUAAUAUUCCUCCUGGUGGCUUUCCACCUACCCCCUGAUAUCGCCAGCGUAGCAAUCUUGCAUCUAUGGUACUCAGCCUUUCUGCCAGACUCCCUUCUGCAAUCUAUCCGGAGUUCGGUGCUUCCGAGUAUAACUGAGUUCUUGGCAACCGACCCAGUGCCGGCUGCUGGUGUCCUACAGAAGACAUGGUCUUGCGGGAGUAGUGCACUAUCUGCGACGCUCAGGAGAACUGAGUGGGAUAGGGUUCUAUCUUACCUCCCAGAAGUACCAGAUAUGUCCUACAAUAAAGCCGCUGCUUUGCAUGAGUCGGUCACCCUGGCCCAUAGUCGUCGAGAUUACCGGGACAGAGCUUUGUUUCCGCUGCAUCCUUCAUGGCGUCUUUCUGUCUGCAAGUUCCGGGGCGAUGGGAUAUUACUCCCGUUUGGGGCAUCCCGUGAAGACUUCAGGGUUCCUAACCCCACGUUGUUCCAUAACGAACAUCCAUGGCCCAUGCCGGAUUCGGCAGAUCCUCUCCAAGGGUGGACACUCACCGAAGUCCUGCGAACCUGUUACGGUGCUAAACAUGAUCUAUAUGGUCAGCUUUACGUACACCUCCAGCGGGAUCUACAGAGGUUCUGUAAACGACUACACACCUUAAAUCUGAGCAUCUGUCUCUUCAAGAAAGACGCAAUGGAUUUACCCGACAAACUGGCCACACUCCGAGGAAAAGAAACAUUCUAUGACAGAAUUGAGCUUGCUAACAUCGCCGACCUCGGAUACCUGGGCCCAGCAAAAACGUUCGCCUUAUUCGGCCCCCUUCUCAAAGCCAAGAAUGAAAACCCCAAGGCUACACUCAUCAUGCUAUUCCUCAAUGCUGUCAGAGAGAUGUCCACGCCCGCCGAUCAACUCGCCUCUGUGCCUCGUGCGAUGGAAUCAUUGCAGCGCUUUCUACCAAUGAGACCCAGGCACGGAGACCCUAAGAAUAAAUACAAUGCAGAAUUCCUCAACCAGAUGAGUGCCGCGGACUUAUUUACGGAUAAUGACACCCUCUUUAAUCGGCUUGUUGAGAGUGCUCGGUUCAGAGAUAUGGGUCAUCUUCUUGGUCUGGGGAUGAAGACUAAUAACAGCAUCGUUGCGAAAUGGCCCAUGCGGUUGGGAGAUAAGCCCACACAGCAUGAGUUUGAAAUGGCGUUUUGGUCUGGCCAUACUGGAUGCGAGAGAUAUGUUGAGUGGUAUCGGGUUGAUUGA